GAAUUGAGGAAAGACGCAUCCAGGACAUCGACUCAUAACUCGCCACUCUCCUACACAUUACUAGUUCACGGCGAUUUUUGCUUCUCGACGGACCAGCUUCCCACGGAAUUCAAGCGCAGACUUUCUUUUUGACCAUCUCAAUUUACUUAUAUUGAACGGAAACCUCCCAUUAGAGAAGAUUAGUAUUGAGUCGAAGUGGAUUUUCACUGCUAGCCUUCAGCUACGAAUCAAAAAACAACAAACCCGGAGCGCGAUUUGUUAUUUUGUUACAGACAAAACUCCACAUAUAAACAACCAAACAACCUUUUUUACUUUCAUGGACGACGAAAAAACGCACUUAUAAUGCUUUAUAGCUUACAACACAUUUUAUUUGAUCGAAAAUACUCUCUUUUUUGAGGACAUUGUCAUUUCCUCGCUAAGCUAGCAACUCCAGACAAAGAAAGAAAAGCAGCUUUCAUCGCCUCAUCACAUAUUGUCAACUUUUCGCCCUUUUUGAUUCCUUUUGUGUAGAAAUAAAGCAGAAAUGGCCCGUCAGAGCAGUUCUCAGGUCGCCAGCUCACAGAAAGCUUUAAUGCUGGAAAUGAAGUCUCUACAGGAGGAACCAGUGGAGGGUUUCAAGAUCACUUUAGUGGAUGAAGCGGAUCUCUACAACUGGGAAGUGGCGAUUUUUGGACCCCCAAACACUCAUUAUGAAGGGGGCUAUUUCAAGGCUCGCAUUAAGUUCCCGAUCGAUUACCCCUACUCCCCACCCACGUUCAGAUUCCUCACCAAGAUGUGGCACCCCAACAUCUAUGAGAACGGGGACGUGUGUAUCUCCAUUCUGCAUCCUCCAGUAGAUGAUCCACAGAGCGGAGAGCUUCCCUCAGAGAGGUGGAACCCCACACAGAAUGUCAGAACAAUACUGUUGAGUGUCAUCUCUCUACUGAACGAGCCCAACACGUUUUCUCCAGCCAACGUGGACGCCUCUGUCAUGUACCGCAAAUGGAGAGACAGUAAAGGAAAAGACCGUGAAUAUGCAGAAAUCAUUAGAAAGCAAGUUCUGGCCACUAAAGCGGAGGCAGAACGGGACGGAGUGAAAGUUCCCACCACCCUGGCAGAAUACUGUGUGCGCACGCGCGCCCCCGCGCUGGACGAGGGGUCCGACCUGUUAUACGACGAUUACUAUGAUGACGAGGACUUGGAGGACGAGGAUGAGGAUGACGAGGACUGUUGCUAUGACGAGGACGACUCAGGAAACGAGGAAUCAUGACGACAUUCCCAUUCCCACCUUCAUCCUCGUCUUCAUCAGCAUCAGCCCAAAUGUUGAAGCGUCAAGGCAUGCGCUCUCACUCAGAUGGCCAUUUUUGUUUAACUAAAGUCUUUGACUAAAAUUACGUU